CGGCGAACUUACAGAUAUUGAACGGAUAGUUGUAUAGAUCUCUGUUGAUUUCUACCAGUACACCCGACUUCCUCUUCUCUGACUGUCUCGGCCAACCGUUUGCCCCUCUGGGUGGCUUGCCGACCUUACGUCGUGAUUUCGCAGCCAAUCAUAGGCCGGCCAACUAUCCUGACGUUCCUGCGUUCUGCACCAAGCUCCAACUUCAUCGCAACCUCGCACCUCGACAACCCCCAGCGUCGCGACUAAAACCCCACACACAAUGGCCAGCACCCGGCCAUUGACCAUGCUGGCGCGCACCCGCCCCGCUGCCACGCUGCUGCGACCCUCUGCCUUCGCCGCAGGCCGCCUCCCCUCGCCCGCCACCGUCGCCCUAUUCUCUACCACCUUCCCGCGAGCCGCCACCCCAGCCGGCCCACCGCCGCCCGGCUUCCGGUUACCUCCGCCUAAGAAAUGGGAUGAAGGAGAGAGCGCAUUGGACCGCGCCGGCAAGUACUUCUUGCUGGUCGAGAUGUUCCGCGGCAUGUACAUCCUGCUAGAGCAGUUUUUCCGACCUCCGUACACCAUUAUGUACCCUUUCGAGAAGGGCCCAAUCUCACCCCGCUUCCGAGGCGAGCACGCGCUGCGACGGUAUCCUACAGGCGAGGAGCGCUGCAUUGCCUGCAAGCUUUGCGAGGCCAUCUGCCCCGCGCAGGCCAUCACUAUCGAGGCUGAGGAGCGUAUGGACGGCAGCAGGAGGACUACGCGUUACGAUAUUGAUAUGACCAAGUGCAUCUACUGCGGCCUGUGCCAGGAAAGCUGCCCGGUCGACGCCAUUGUGGAGAGCCCUAACGCAGAGUAUGCAACCGAGACCAGGGAAGAGCUCUUAUACAACAAGGAGAAGCUGCUGGCAAACGGCGACAAGUGGGAGCCCGAGAUUGCGGCUGCAGCGCGUGCUGAUGCACCAUACCGGUAAUGGUGAUAGCAGAGGGGUUGCAAAUGUGUAAAUAUUAGAGGAAAAGUGCAGUACGAUCAAUUCUGAUUUCAUUUGUGGUAUUCGCGGAUUUUCAGAUUAGACAUCCUGUAGCUUCAAAAGAAUCACUGAACAGAU